AAGAUUCAAGAUUGGUUCACAAAUGAAAUCAUCAUAUAUAGUUGUUUCAGAUAUUGAAUGGAAUUAUGCAGAAAAUAAUAGUGAAUUUCAAACUUUAAUCUCUUCUAACAAAGGAAAGAUGAAACCUCACGAGAAUUUAGAUAACCAACUUAAUAUUAUAGAAGAAAAAUAUAUGAAAAUGAAUACUUAA